AUGCAGACUCCUUGUGGUGCCGAGUCGGUUGCCGUCCCACGCCCCUCUCAGCCCGCUUUUCAAGGAGCGCGGCCGGGAGCGUGGCCGGGCCGCCGGCUGGCAGCGCCCCGACGGCGUUCAAAGCGGGAGCUGUCCAGGGCCUGCGGCGCUCCCGCCCCGCGGGGAGGCGGCCGGGGCAGCCGGGGGGAGGCUGGAUCCCAGCUCAGCCUCUCUCCGCAGCCCCACUGCAACCAAAGGCAAAAGGCGACGCUCUCCGCAUCCCCGGACCCUCUAGCACGACCCCUCUGUCACGGUCACUCCGGCUCCGCGCCCCUGGCGUUUCCCCGCGGACAGGGAGUGCUGGGGACACGCACAGCCCCUCAGCCCGUCCCGGCGCUUCGCUCUCCCCGGGGAAGCAGCCCCGUUCGUCCAGGGCGCGGGCAGAGCCUUUCCAGGUUCCCCUACCAGGAUCCCCGGCCGGGUGGCGGCCGCUCGGGCACUGUGUGUGCAGGGGAGCCCGGGGAGCCCUGCGGCCGCCGCCCCGAGCGCUCCCCGCCUCCCGGCCGGCUGGACGGGACUCUCCGGGCGCGGGGAGGAGGAUGGGCACUGCCGCAGCUCCCCCUGGCCACGGCCACCCGCCCACCCAGCCGGGGGAAAGCUUGUUUGCCACGUCUGCCCGGCAGACGGCUUCUCCCUUCGCGGGGGAGGGGGCCGAGGUGGGUGCGAGAGGAGCUGCCCGCGCUGUGCCCCCGAGGCCCGGCCGCCCCUCGCUGCUCUGCCCCGGGCCGGGGCUGCAGUCACUCGGGGUCGCCCAUCGCGGCCCCCCGGCUGCGGGGAGCUGACGUGGUGCCUCCGGGCAGCCCAAGCGCAGCCGGCCCAGCCCGCCUCCCCGCCCAGGGGCUCUUCCGAGGCGGGCAGCCUUCCCCCGCCAGGCCCCCUCCUCGCCGGAGGGAGUCCCGAGCAGAGGGAACGGCGAAGGCAGAUCGGAGCCCCGCCUCAGGAUGGGGGCGGAAAAGGCGAGGAGGGCGCCUGUCCUCGCUCCCCUUCCCUCCCCCAGGAUCGCCGAACGGGCGGAUCCUGCCCCGGCACAGCAGCGAGCUGCGACAGCCUCCGGGAGAGCCGGAGAGGGAGCAGGGGGUCCCGGCAGCCUCUCGGCACCGCCUCCUUCCUGACCGCCCCGCAGCCCAGAGGGUCAUCUCGCCCUCAGCCUGUCUUAGGGGAUGUGCCGGCGGUGCAUCUAGCCCGUAUUCAUCAGCUGCCGUCGGGGGCACGAGUAUGGAAAGCGUGGGAAAGAUGGGUCAUGAUGUGUGCACCUGA